GUGGCAAUUGUACCGUGUGACAGGACAGCAGCCGGUGUAGUAUUAUUUACCUAAAUAUGGUGGUUCUUCUGGCAUCCAUGUAUGUUUAGCUGUGUAGCUUAAUAAUUUUUACAAUAAUUGUCAUAAAUUCUCAUCACUUUUUUUGUUGUACAUCUGCACAUUUUGUCUGCGAUUGCUCCUGUCGGUUGAUUUGAUGGGUUUUAUUUUAUCUCUCGAGACACGAGUUGGAAAGGAUUUUCAUCAAAGCGAUUGUUGAUUAUUUGUGUUUCGUUGUAUUACUAAAUUGGAAAUAUUUAAUAGUUAGGAAGAGGUGAAAUAGGAGUAUUUAUUUAGAGACAAGAUGAUGGAAGAUAGCAAGCAGGAAACGGGUGGACAAGGGGACACUGUCGUGUCUACUUUGAGUGGUGAAAUUUCAGAAAUGUCCAUGUCAUCAAUGAAUCAAAAUUCUGGCAGCCUUCCGGUGAGUUCUUCCUUUUCUGAACGGCUCUCCUCCUCCUCCCACCAACAGCAGCAACAACAUGACGACGGAGGGUCGAAAUCUGCCGCAAUGUUGGUAACUUCCAACCCGACGAGUAUCUCUGCCAUGUCAGGCUCAAUUCCACCUCCAUUCCGAUCUAACAUUCCGCCAAAUCGACAAUAUCCGGUGCCCAACUCUCUUCCCGCAGUACUCCCAAAUUCCGUUUCUGCGCCUUCAAUCCCAUCAGCGUUGGACGCCACAAGCCCCCAGAAUGGGGAACAUCGCGCAAUGAGGGCCUUGCAAUCUCCAUCAUCGAAGAUUGAAACGAUAAAAAAUUGGAGCAUCUCGACUUACAAGUGCACGAAGCAAAUGAUGUUUGAAAGGAUGGGGAAAAGUUCUCGGACAGUUGAUUCGGAGCUAGAAUCAAGAAUUGAACACUUACGGGAUAUUAAGCGCCGUUAUCUCCAAGUUUUGGGUCUUAGUCGAGCUUUCACUAGCCACUUUUAUCACGUCAUUCAGACACAGCAAGCUCUGGCAGAGGCAUUUGCUGAUCUUGCACAGAAAUCUCCAGAACUUCAGCAAGAGUUUUUGUAUAAUGCGGAUACACAGCGGAAUCUGCACAAAAAUGGAGAAAUUUUAUUGAGUGCUUUGAACUUCUUUUUGUCCUCGGUUAAUACGUUAUGCAACAAAACUAUUGAGGAUACAAUCUCAACGAUAAGGCAGUAUGAAAGCUCUCGACUUGAAUAUGACGCCUACCGAUCGGAUCUUGAGCUAAUGCUGCAAAUGCCAAAAACAGAAGCAACUUCGGUCAAAAUUGAAGAAGCUCAAAAGAAUUUCAACGUUUAUAAAAUCAGCUACGAAAAACUACGUGAUGAUGUCAAUAUUAAAUUACAAUUCCUUGAUGAAAACAGGAUAAAAGUGAUGCACAAGCAGUUGCUACUUUUCCACAAUGCAAUCUCAGCAUAUUUUUCUGGAAAUCAACAAGCGUUGGAAUCAACUCUAAAGCAAUUUAGCAUCAAGGUUAGAAGUCCGAAUUCAUCCGAAGCCUCGUGGUUGGAACAAUAACUAACUAACUAACUAAUUAAAACACUUUCAACUCUUUCUAGCCGUACUCUGAAUAAUUUCUACAAACAGGCUAAACAAGCAUUAUAUUGUAAUGUACCAAAUUAACGUUAACGUUCUAGUCGACCUGAUCUAGCUUAGAACAAAAUUUCUCAACAACAACAACACGGAACAGUAUAUAUCACUUUCUUACAUGAAGUAAUUGAUUAGCUAAUUAAUGUAUUUGUUGUACACACUCAAUUAAGUAUUAAUUGUUCACAUAAGUUGCAAACAAAAAAGUUCCAGUAUAUUGUACACCUUGGUAAAUUUUUAAGAAAUGUUUAGAUAAUAAUUUUUAAGUAUUAUCAUGGACUCAUAAUCAGAAACUGUCACACAACACCUACAACUCCAUACGUAACUAACUACGUAACUAGAGUAGAGCUGAUCUUACUCUAUCAUCAUCAUACAUAAAUAAUACCUCAAAAUUAAAGAUCACCAGAUUCCAAUAUAAUUCUAUGAAAACCUGAUUCCAAAUUUCAACAUGUAUCAAAUGCAGGUAAAUAACUCACUAUUAAUAGAAACUGAUGAAAGUUUGAACGUACAUAAAAAGUUAUUGGUGACAAAAGCAUGUAUUUUUGAGACGACGACGGACGUAUGUAAACUUUUUCAUCCAGUGAAUAAAAAGAAACAUUAGAUUUAGUUGAUUCAACAAACA